AUGUGGCGUUUUGUCGAUCUUCAUCGCGCGGUUAAGACGUCACUUUCCGGGAGGAAUAAAGCUCUUGCGCUGCAGGGCGCUGGCGUCGGCCGCAGGCUGAAACCCGGCUGGGAGCGAGAGGCCGGCAGGCUUGGCAAGAAAAGGUAUCAUCUAGAAAUACAGGACGAGACUUUAAGCUUUUUUCAUACUUUCUCAGGUGUAGCCCAGAUUCUGCUGUCUUCUGUAUUACUUUAUAGCCCAGACAAUGUGGCUGGAGCAGACGGAGACAUUGACCCCACUGAAAUCACCUUUCCAGGAUGUUCCUGUCUUACCAGCUCCUGUGUGGUUCACAUGUGCUCGUGUCUUUGCCGUGGUGAAAAUUACAACAGUUCGUGCCUCAGGCCUACGGACAAAGAGGAGGAGUACUCCCAGCCUGUUUUUGAAUGCAAUGCCAUGUGCCAGUGUGGUGAAUCCUGUCAAAACAGGGUUGUUCAGAGGGGUUUGCAAUUCAGACUGGAGGUAUUCAAGACUGAGAAGAAAGGGUGGGGUCUUCGCACUCUGGAAUUCAUAGCUAAAGGAAGGUUUGUUUGUGAAUAUGCUGGUGAAGUUUUAGGCUUUAAUGAGGCACGUAGAAGAAUUCAGGCCCAGACAUCAAAGGAUUCGAACUAUAUUAUAGUGGUGAGGGAGCACCUCCAUAGUGGUCAGAUAAUGGAGACGUUUGUUGACCCUACGUACAUCGGUAACGUAGGCAGAUUCCUGAAUCAUUCUUGUGAACCAAAUUUAUUUAUGGUCCCAGUUAGAGUUGACUCAAUGGUGCCUAAACUGGCACUUUUUGCAGCUACUGAUAUUUCUGCUGGAGAGGAACUUUCAUAUGAUUAUUCUGGAAGAUUCCAUAAUUUACCAAUAACUAAUAGAGAAGAAGACUCUUUAGAGGAAGAUAACAGAUUGAGAAAACCUUGCUACUGUGGUUCCCGCACAUGUGCUUCCUUCUUACCUUGGGACAGCUCCCUCUUUUCCACGCCAGACACUUUUUCCGGGAGCUCUCCAUAG